CAAAAGCAAAAGGAAUGAAGAAAAACACAUUCUUUUAAGAUCAUUAGAAGAUAAAUGUUCUCCAAGGGGUCAUUUUGGUGUCUGACACUUUAACAUUUUGGUAUCAAUUUCUUACAUCAUGAUUUUCAGUUUUAGUUCUAUAUUCUGUUUUGGACAACAUAAUCUCUUGUCCUUCAAUUUUGUCAGGGUUAGCAGGAUGACUGGAAACAUUUGUCUCAGGAUAGAUAAAAAGGGAAGUAUUACAUUCCUCUAGACAGACACGUGGAAAAAUGCCAGUAUUCAGUUGGGCAUAAAAUAAAAUAUGCUGUUAGAUCACGUCUGAGUCAGAUGAGGAACAAAAGACCAAGACCUGUUUGAAAGUGUUGUACCAUUACCUUUAUUCUACCACAUUUCUCUGCAGUUUUCCUCAUCUACUGAACAUUGUCUACUGAAUUAGAAGUUCACUUGUUUAUUGAGCAAACACAAUUCCUACAACUUAGAUAUGAUAUCAUAAAUGUGAAGAGGUUAGUGACUCAUUAAUAAGAGGCAUAUUCAGAUCAUGACUCAAGAGUAAAUAAACUUUGUGUAUAAUGUACCAGUGAAAAUAAUGUGCCUUAUUAAUCUCGCAAGUACAUCACAUAAACCAAACAUCAAGUGGUAGAACUGGAUGGCAUAUACUGUACAAACAAACACAGGUGUUUCACUGGUUUCCCCCUUUCUCUAAUCAAACAUGUUUUCAAUAUUGGUUUAAUUUUAAAGGGGUCCUCAAUUUCACUUUCCACCUUGUUAGUCUGUUGUAAUAUCACUUUAACCAACAAAAGCCAGGUCCAAAAUUGCAUCAUCUUCCAGGAAGUGACGGGAGUCCAGUUUGUCGAAGUAAAUGGCUUCCUUUUUCAUUCCUUCUGACACAAGCUGUUCAUUUAGCCAAGCAACCAUACUGAGUUAAGUUUUUUCCUUACAUGAGUUCAUCUUAAAUGCAAAAUUUUAAGUAGUACACCAUCUGCUAUUAAACAUGUUUAAUGAUUUUGUUUAGUAAGUUCUAAAGGAAACCAUAAAUCUGCAGCUUGGCUUACACAAUAUUCCUCCACGUGUAACCAAAUAUACAACAAUGUCCAAAAGUAUGACACAACUUUAAAAAUCUGGGAUUGUUUUUUUUUUAAUUUUUUUAUUAUUUUUUUACUUGGAAAUAAACUUAAAGUUUGGGGAUGAUGAAAAAAAAAAUGAAGAAAUAAGAUGAAAUAUUUAAUAUUCUGCACUAUUGUUUUUAUCACUAUUCAAAUGUACGCAAAUUUGUGACACUGAUCAUGUUAAUGUCAGAUUUCCUUGCCUCUAUUGAAGCACACAAGAUGCUCUUUGGAACAUUUCAAAUCAAGCCAAAUAAAACUCUUUUAUGUAGACCUAAUAAUAUUUUAUUACUAAACUGCAACCAUUUCAAUUGAUAUGCUUAUACUGUGAGCUAAAUAUGACAACGUACCUUUAUUUUUGUUGUUGAAAUCUCUCACAAAACACUCACACAUGCUGCCCGCCUCUGUUCCGAAGCCACGCCUUUUUUAUUUCUUGUCGCCUUUUGAUUGGCUAAACGUCCGGCAACCGAUGUACCUCGACUGUUAAUCGAAAAAACCUUUUGCAAAAUAUGCUGUAGCUUUUCCGUGGAAGCAUGCUUUCUGUUCUCCGGUAAAAAUAAAACAAAAAAUAAAACAUUUCACCCGCUUCCAAACCAUUUGGUUUAUACUUUUGCAUGUUUCAGUUGUCAUGGAUUGGUGGGGACGGAUAGGAAUUUCAGAGCGUGAGCUAUGAUUAAGCUGGGUCAAGCCACAGCUGGAAGUCCAUGAUGAGCAAUAAGCAGAUACGGAGCUUCAUCGACCCUCUAGUUCAAAGAAAGAUGGAAGGAACCAUGGGGACAGUAGUCAGUGCAGGACACCCCAAAGCAGACAGCCUACCCCACUAUUCCCACAACGAAGCUCUACCAAUCAGCAGGACCUACUUCUCUUACUCUCUCAGUGGACAAGAUGCCCUUGACUUUCCCUCUUCAUGGGGCCCUUCUAAGACCUGCGUAAGAAAUAGAUUGAGCCCAGGGAUUCACUCAUCUGCCAUUUACAGGCCUGAAAAUAUGUCUUUUCCUGUGGAUGGUGGCCACUCUGCUGUACCGCAAGAGUUAGCAACAAAGCAAAGGUUGGCCUAUUAUGCCAGUAGUCCUAGACAACACAGCCCCAGAGCUGCUGGAGUCAUCUCUCCAGUGGCUGUUCCCAAGGGUCACAUUGGAGGGUCAGGCAUAUCCUCUACAGCUACAGAAAACUGUGUUGGGUUGGCUAUUCCAAGACCCGUGUAUGGUCAUAGCCCCUGCUGCGCUGAGCGUGGAUGUACUGCAAGCCAUAACUAUGUCAUGGAACAUGGGCCACAAAGGAUGUCUCCUCGCAUGUAUGAAGAUGAAUGGGCUGCACAUUUCAGUCAUCUGGCUUACCUGCAUAAACAGGGCCAAGAGGCUUUGGCACAGCAGAGGGUGUUGCAUUUGGAACAUGGUGUGGAGGGAGUACCUUUAAAGGAUGGAAACACAGAGGGUUACCAAGGGAUCAGAUCAGAUGGGCCCAGGAGGUCACUUCCUGUAAUGGAACCACAUCAUAGAAGCUAUACCUAUAACACUACAUAUCCAUUCAUUCGUUCCACAUCAGAGUACAGCCAGCAUACCCCAAUUCCCUCACAAAUAUACAAGGGUCUCCCCCCUGCCUAUGACCCGGGGACAUUAACACACCGUGGUGUUCCUUUCAAGGUAUAUCAGGAUCGUUCUCGCGUUUCUAAAUACACACAGAUGCCUCCAUGUCCCAUCGUCUAUUACCCUCAGAAUGGCACUGAGGCUUACCGAGCUGAUACCGAUUUUAUUACAGACAAGCAGGCUCAGCAUGGUCACAUGGGUGAGAUUCAUUCUCCACAGCCUGAUUUGAACAAUAUGUCAAAUUCCUGCUCUGCUGUCCCCCCAUGUCAUCCACUGAUCACGAACUUUCCCACUUAUCCAUAUGGAGUGCAUUUAAAUAGUAACCCAGCAUCCCUGCAUGAGAGGCCACAUCCACCUUUCCCCAUGCAUCAGUCAGAGCGACCUCUUGAUUUCUCUAUACGAAGGAUGCAGACACCUGACUCCCCUCGGGAGCUUUGUAGACAGUCUGGAACUUCUGGGGCUUUCCAACCCACACUGGCCCACUACAGAUAUCUCAAUAACACUGCUGCUGAGAGGCCUAGCCGUGAGCUCUCAGAGAUGGCUGGAACUGGCUCACUUGUAGAUGGUGGCAAAGAAUUUGGCAACAUUCCCAAGUCUCAUGGGCAUUGUGUAGCAGAUUCACCCAACAGUGAUUCAUUAUCUAAAAGACACCGAGGGGAAUGUGGAAUCAGUAGUGAAAUUGACAUACCUAGGAAAAAACAAAAUACUGAUACAACCCAUGAGCAGCCAGAUGAGCCUCAGUCACCAUCCUUCCCACCAAUGCCAGUUAUUAAUAAAGUUUUUAGCUUGGCUCCGUAUAAAAUCUAUUUUGAAGCUACAGGCAUGUUGUCUCCACCAGGUGACUCAAAAAGUCCAAAGCCACAGCCUGAAGAUACACAGCUUAAACAAGAGCCAGAAAUUCAAAACAGUGAUGUAGAACCAAAUUCAGGUGAAAAUAAGCUCAGCUUGAAACAAGAAGCUCAAACGUCACCAGCUAACAGUAAUGGUCCAGUUGAAAUUCCAGAGACUGUGACGAUCAAAAAAGAAAAACUGGAUCCAGAUGAAUCUGAAAUGAAAGUGAGCAUCACUGAGGAGGUGAAUCAUCAGGGUCAUCAUUCUGUGGUCAAAGAAGAGCAAGGGAAGUUGAACUCAAGUAUGUCUGGCUCUGUGCCUUGUCAUAUUGUGAUAAAGAGUAACUCUGAAGAAGAAAGCUAUCCACCCUUAGUUAAAAAGCCAGAAUCUCCAGCCCCAUGCAAGACAGAUCAAGUUGUGAAGGAGAAUGUGGAAUCUGUUCCAGUUCAUUUGCUGCCCUCAAAACCUCCAUUGGCACCUUCGUUUACCAAAUUCUCUCUCAGUAAAAUCUCCCCUCAUUGCCUAAAAUUGUCCAAUUGUAAGAUAGUCAUCCCUGAGGUCCUGAAAGCUCCAGAAACCCAAUCUGUCAAGAUUCCUCAGUCUCCUGUGGAGGCAAAGCCUAUCAUAAGUAGCAGCAAACAUGCCCAUCAUCAGUUUAUGGAGCUUCACCAGUCCCUCUGUAGACUCUUAUACCGCUGUGUUACUCAUACUCCAUGUCAAGAGCUUAAGGACUGGUUAUCCAAACAGGACCUUAGAGAAUCAGUCUCUCAUCCAAGCAAAACUCAGAGAAUCUCUGGCCUCCAAGGGUCCAAAAUGAGGGAGAUAUGGCUGAAAGGUGAAGAUGUGGUGAUGGCUCUUCAAAAGGUUGUCAGCCAGCUACAGAAGUACAUUGAAAGCCGCGAAUGUCCCUUUCCCCAUGUCAUGAGGGCAGGCGCGGUGUUCAUUCCCAUGUUGGUGGUGAAAGAGGUGCUGUUUCCUCAGGUUCAGGGCACAUUCAUAGACCAGGUCCUCCAGGAGCAUCGGGUGGAACUACGGCCCACCACUCUCUCAGAGGAGAGGCAACUGACUCAACUCCACCGGAAGGCAUUUUCUUCUAAACUCAGGAGGCUUCUGUCCCUUAAACAUCUUCCAGAUAUCUACCCUGAUGUUGUCAACCUUCUCUACCAUGCCAGUGUCUGCAAGUUCCUUGAUUCCACUGCUACAGAUGGUGUCCAUAUAUUGCCCAGAGGCAGAAACCAGCUUAACGUUCAAGAGAGUGAGCACGGAGAGCUCAGAUGACUCUAGCAGUUGUAUAAAUGGCUCUGAAGGAUCUUCAGGACCACUUACACCAGAAACCACUACACAUGUGGAGAAGCUUGAAAAGAGAUAUUGCCCGAAGAAAAAGAAAGGCAGGGUAAAGAUUUCCUCUAAGAGGACAUUUUUA